CAGAAACAAUCCAAAACAGCAGCAACAUGAGCAGCGUCGAUGAAGAUCUUACCCCCGAGCAGAUUGCCGUGCUCCAGAAGGCCUUCAACAGCUUCGAUCACCAGAAGACUGGCUCCAUCCCCACCGAGAUGGUUGCCGAUAUCCUGCGUCUGAUGGGUCAGCCCUUCGACAAGAAGAUCCUGGAGGAACUGAUCGAGGAGGUCGAUGAGGACAAGUCCGGUCGCCUGGAAUUCGGUGAGUUCGUGCAGCUGGCUGCCAAAUUCAUCGUGGAGGAGGACGCGGAGGCCAUGCAGAAGGAGCUGCGCGAGGCCUUCCGGCUGUACGACAAGCAGGGCAACGGCUUCAUCCCCACCACCUGCCUGAAGGAGAUCCUCAAGGAGCUGGACGACCAGCUGACCGAGCAGGAACUGGACAUCAUGAUCGAGGAGAUCGACUCCGACGGUUCCGGUACAGUGGAUUUCGAUGAAUUCAUGGAGAUGAUGACCGGCGAGUAAAUAAACGCACUGCGUCUGCCACCCACUCAACCACCCGCCACCCCCGAGGAAAGCCCCCCCCCCACACACACAAGCACACACACUACACACACACACACCUGUUGGGCACACGUUUGUUUGCUCCUAUUUGCACACUUGUUUCACUUUUUAUUUGCAUUUCAAGGGAGCAAACAAAUCCACGUACUUCAGUUUGACAAUGCCAAACACGAGUAGAAAUAGAACUUUUGUACUACUUUUUUAUACUAAAAGAGCAACGGAAUACUGUGUAUGCGAAAAAAUGAAAAAUAAAUGUUAUGCUAUGGCAAAAUAACAAAAAAAAACC